AUGUCAUUAAGUUGGGGAACUCAAUAUCCGAAACUGAAAACUAAUCUGCGAUUAGCGAUUAAUCGUCUGAAAUUGCUGGAGAAAAAGAAGACAGAAAUGGCACUUAAGUCACGUAGCGAAAUUUCUGAUUUCAUUGCUAAUCAUAAGGAAGAUCGAGCCCGUAUUCGAGUGGAGCAUAUAAUUCGCGAAGAUUUUCUUGUUGAAGCCUAUGAACUUCUCGAAAUGUAUUGUGAUCUUCUCCUUGCCCGUUUCGGUCUUAUUGAACAGUUAAAACAGUUGGACGAUGGUAUAGCUGAAGCUGUAAUCAGCAUUUUGUGGGCUGCUCCUCGAGUUGCAGCUGACGUAAUAAGCGAUCAACUAACGUUAAAAUAUGGCAAAGUUUUUGCUGAAGCUGCUCGAGCAAACCAGUUGGAAUAUCCAGCAAAAGUAUCUCCAAAGUUGAUUGCGAAGUUAAGUGUUCAAGCUCCGCCAAAAUUGCUUGUUGAAAGAUAUAUGAUUGAAAUUGCAAAGAGCUCAGGCACUCCAUUCACUCCAGAUGCAAAUAUCAUGCGUGAGGAUGAAAUAGCUGCCGCAGAACAAAUGCUAAUAGAUUUCAAGAAUCAGGGAGGACAAGGAUAUGGAUGGAUGUAUCCUGGAAAUGAGUCGUCUAUUGGUAGUGGCCAAAGUGGACCUCAAGAAAGCAAGUUUAAUCAGACAAAGGGAAAUCCUAACACUCGAUUUCCUCCUGAAUAUUACGCUGGAUCGGGUAAUUUUGAUGGCAGUAAUUGUGAUAGUGAUAGAAGAUAUUCUGCUUCAUCCGGCGAACAUUUCGCUUCUCAGCCACCACCACUAAAUUAUCCGCGUUUAAGUCAAAUUGGAUCAAAUGAUGAUAUAACCAAAGUGAGACCAAAUGAUAAUCCAGGAAUACCGAGUGCACCACCUGCUGCGCCUUUGCCAUCCAAGAAUGUUCCUGGAGAUAUGAAUAUCUCAGAUUUUCCCGAACCACCGAGUGAUUUUCCGGAUGAUCUUGACUCCGUCAUCUAUCCAUCACCUAGAAACAACCGAAAUUUUCCAGGAUCUGGUGGUAACAGCCAAUCGCCUUCAGAUGGGAAUGAAUUAGAUUUUGAAGAUCUUGCGAAGCGAUUUGAUAUGUUAAAAAAGAAAGGAAAUAAGUAA